GAUUCAUUUAAAAGAAUAAAUUAUUUAUAUCAGGCUUCAAAUUUAAUGCUAAAUGGUACAAACAAUCAACCUUUAUCAAAUUUUUAUUCUAGGGUAUUAAAAAAAGUUUCACAAAAACAAGUUAUUCAAAUUAGCCCAUCAAUUAAAAGAACUAUAUGCAAGAAAUGCUCACUACUUUUGGUACCUGGUCAUACUUCUACUGUUAGA